GAAACGGAAAUAGCGCACCGAGCUAGCGCUGUUAGCUCAGUUUGUUGCUACGAAAAUCGAAAGACAUUACGGCGUGUUUUUAUUAAUGUGUCGCGGUUAAAUAUUGUUUAUAAAGAAGCAGCAAUGCCUUCGCUUCGUCGUUUGAGAGAGUUGAUUAGCGAGCGACUAACUGCUGCCGCUGAAGAAAUAUUCAUACACGUAGAGAAUAUAAUCGUCGAGUACGAGGAAGAGGUGGACCGUCAGCGAAAACUGUUGGAGAUCGUUAGUAAACCUCGAGUCAGGUUGCAUCGGAUAGAGCUUCCACAGCGCCACGUCGAGAAUGAGCAGCAGGUCUGUAAUCAGGAGUGGAACUCCAGUCUGGACCAGGAGGAACCAGAGUCUCUACAGAUUAAAGAGGUGCCGAAGGAAAUCUGCACCAAUCAGGAGCAGGAGCAUCUUGAAAUAAAGGAGGAGGCUCAUACCUUGAGAAAUAUCACAGAGCUUUCACAGCAGCACGUCUAUAAUGAGGAGGAGGUUCUCACUGAGCAGCAGCUCUGGAACGAGGAGUGGAACUCCAGUCUGGACCAGGAGGAACCAGACUCUCUACAAAUUAAAGAGGACAAGGGGGAAAUCUGCACCAGUCAGGAGCAGUUUGAACUAAAGGAGGAGGCUAAUACCUUUACGUUGACUCCUGAUAAUGAAGAAAGUGAUCACAUGGAACCAGACACUGACCACCAGCUCCUCUCUCCUGUAGCUGAGACUCAAGAUCAGACAGUCCACAUGAGAAAUAUUACAGGUGAAAAGCCCCAUAUGUGCAGCUUUUGUGAGAAGAGUUUUAGGUGGAAAUAUUCCUUGAUAAGACACAUACGAAUUCACACAGGACUUCCAGUGAAAGAUGUUCUUCAGGAGGAGGAGGAAGAGGUUCUCACUGAGCAGCAGCUCUGUAACCAGGAGAGGAACUCCAGUCUGGACCAGGAGGAACCAGAGUCUCUACAGAUUAAAGAGGAAGAAGAGGAAAUCUACACCAGUCAGGAGCAGGAGCAGCGUGAACUGAAGCAGGAGGCUGAUACCUUUAUGUUGACUCCUGAUAAUGUAGAAAGUGAUCACAUGGAACCAGAACCAGACACUGGCCACCAGCUCUCUCACAGCCCUCCUAUAGUUGAGAGUCAAGGUCAGACAGUCCACAUUAAAGAAAUUAGAAGAAAAAAGUCCCAUAUGUGCAACAUUUGUGAGAAAUCCUUUGUGAGUAAAGGCCACUUGAUUAUCCACGAAAGAACUCACAGUGGUGAGAAGCCCUAUAUUUGUAACAUUUGUAAGAAAAGCUUUGCGGAUAAAGGCAACUUGGUGAACCACACUAGAACUCACACGAGUGAAAGGCCUUAUUCUUGUGAAACAUGUGGAAAGUGUUUUCGGCAAAUUGCGCCUUUGAUACAGCACAGAAAAACUCACACGGGUGAGAAGCCCUACGUUUGCAGUGUUUGUAAUGCGUGCUUUGGUCUCAAAAGUACCUUGAUUAAACACACGAGAACUCACACGGGUGAAAAGCCAUUCAAUUGCCACAUUUGUAAGACAUACUUUGGUCAUAAAAGCACCUUGAUUAAACACAUGAGAACCCACACGGGUGAAAAGCCAUAUAGUUGUGAACUGUGUGGAAAGUGUUUUCGUCAAAGUUCUCAUUUGAUUCUCCACAAAAGAACUCACACAGGAGAACGGCCCUAUGCUUGCAGCAUUUGUGAGAAAUGCUUUGUGCAAAAAAACACCUUGAAGAAACACAUGAGAACACACAGAUACAGGGGUAUCGGGGUUCGGGGUAUGGCAGUCAACAGGAGGACAACGGACAGACUGAGUGUGGAAAUGGUGGCUCUUGGCGCUGAGCUAUCACUGUUAGCUCGCUGUGUUGACAGUAAAGUAGAAGGGCGGUGGUGGUUUUCUUUUUUAUGUAUCGCGGUUAAAUGUUCCAGUGUUUUUAACGAAGCAGCGAUGUCUUCGCGUCAUUUUUUGAGAGGUUUGAUAAACGAGCGACUAACUGCUGCCGCUGAAGAAAUAUUCACACACGUAGAAAAUAUAAUCGUCCAGUACGAGGAAGAGGUGGACCGUCAGCGAAAACUGUUGGAGGUCGUUUGUCAACCUCAAGUCAAGUUACAGCGGAUAGAGCUUCCACAGCAGCAUGUCUAUAAUGAGGAUGAGGAGGAGGUUCUCUCUGAUCAGCAGCUCUGUAACCAGGAGAGGAACUCCAGGCUGGACCAAGAGGAACCAGAGUCUUUACAGAUUAAAGUGGAAGAGGAGGAAAUCUGCACCAGUCAGGAGCAGCUUGAACUGAAGCAGGAGGCUGAUACUUUUAUGUUGACUCCUGAUGAUGAUGAUGAUGAUGAUGAUGAUGAAGAAAGUGAUCACACAGAACCAGAACCUCCUCCUAUAUUUAAGAGCCAAGAUCAGACAGGAAGUAAAUAUUUAGAGAGAACCAUCGUCGGGUACGAGGAAGAGGUGGAAAGAGGUGUUUGUAAACCUGACGUGAAGUCACAACAGAUAGAACUUCCACAGCAGCAGGUCUUCAUAGAGGAGGAGGAGGAAGAGGAGGUUCUCACUGAGCAGCAGCUCUGGAACCAGGAGAGGGACUCUGGUCUGGAUCAAGAGGAACCAGAGUGUCUACAGAUUAAAGAGGAAGAGGAGUCUGGAAGUUUUACAGACUGUCCACCGUGUCUUGUCUGUAAGGAGGAGGAGGUUCUCAAUGAUCAGGAGCUCUGGAACCAGGAGAGAAACUCCAGUCUGGACCAAGAGGAACCACAGAUUGAAGAGGAACAGGAAUCAAGUGAAAGUUUUAAUGAAUCUAAUCAACAAAUACAAGGACAUGAUCAUCAUUCAAAAUCUCACAUGAGAAGUGAUACGAGCGAGGAGCCGUAUCCCUGCGGGAUAUGUGACCAAUAUUUUGUGAGCAGAAGCAAUUUGACAGUCCACAUCAGAACUCACUCGGAUGAGAAGACACACGUUUGCAAAACCUGUAAGAAAGGUUUUGGAAAGAAAAGUAACCUGUUGGCGCACAUAAGAACUCACACAGGCGAGAAGCCAUAUAUUUGCAACACCUGUAACAAAGCUUUUGCGCAGCAAAGUACCUUGUUGACCCAUGUGAAUUCCCAUGUGGGUGUGAAGCCGUACUCCUGCGACACCUGUGGGAAAAGAUUCAUUCAUCACAAAAGUUUGAGGUAUCACAUGUCGGUUCACACGGGUGAAACUCCAUAUGUUUGCAACAUCUGUCACAAAGGUUUCGCUCAGCCAAGUAACUUGUUGAUCCACAUGAGAACCCACACAGGUGAGAAGCCAUAUUUCUGCGACAUGUGUGGUAAACAUUUCGCUCACAGUCAUCACUUGAAAUAUCACAUGACAACUCACUCGAAUGACAAGCCCUUUAUCUGCAGCACCUGCAUGAAAGGUUUUACACAGGAAAGGGCCUUGUUGGCCCACAUGACAACUCACACAGGUGAGAGGCCACAUGUUUGUGACGUGUGUGGUAAACGUUUUGCGCACAGUCAUCAUUUGAAAGAUCACAUGAGAACUCACACAGGUGAAAAGCCGCAUACUUGCAACACCUGCAAGAAAAGUUUUGCGCAAAAAAAUGCCUUGUCGGUCCACAUGAGAACUCACACAGGUGAGAAGCCCUACAUUUGCAAAACCUGUAACAAAGGUUUCACCCAGCAAGGGACUCUGAUGGUCCACAUGAGAACCCACAUGGGUGAGAACCCACACAUUUGCAACACCUGUACCAAAGUUUUUCCACAGCGAAGGGCCCUGUUGGUCCACAUGAGAACCCACACAGAUGAGAAGCCACAUGUUUGUGACAUAUGUGGUAAACAUUUUGCGUACAGUCGCCGUUUGAAAGAUCACAUGAGAACUCACACAGGUGAGAAGCCAUAUGCUUGCGACGUGUGUGGUAAACGUUUUGCGCACAGUCACCAUUUGAAAGACCACAUGAGAACUCACACGGGUGAGAAACCGCAUACUUGCAACACAUGCAAGAAAUGUUUUGCUCAAAAAAAUGCCUUGUUGGUCCACAUGAGAACUCACACAGGCGAGAAGCCCUAUGUUUGCAACACCUGUAACAAAGGUUUCACUCAGCAAGGGACACUGGUGGUCCACAUGAGAACCCACACAGGUGAGAACCGGCACAUUUGCAACACCUGUAAGAAAGUUUUUGUAAGCAAAAGUAAGUUGUUGAUGCACAUGCAAAUUCACAGCAUUGAUGCUCCCACAACACCUGAUGAAGAGCAAGUAAUUAUCAUUCAAGUUUGAGAGUUCACAUGACCAGUGCUGUACCCAGUCCAUAUUUUGUGGGUUUUGGUGUGUGUAUUUUUGGUUUGUUGUGUGUUGCAUUUACUAUCCAAGUGCAGCUUUGUUCGUUUCGGUACUAUACGGUAUGUAUUGUUUUGCUUUUCUUUUAUUUCUGUAUUCUAGCACCAAAAUAAUCAACCCCAACUGUUCCAUUUUUCAGUACCCUUCCCAGGGGUACCAGGGCAUAGGUACAGUGCGGCAUGGGUGGAGGUAGACCCACGAUUGUCAGCUGAUUGGGCAACAGAAAAGCAUCACUCCUUUGCGACUGGUGUUCCUUCUACACCCGCGGUCCAUUCUCAUACAAAGCUUCACAUCUUUUUAAAGGGGACAUAUUAUGCAAAAUC